CCUACAUUUCCCACAAUGCACAGCGGCGUAAUACUCGGAGAAUCAGUGCGUCCACUUCGCAGCAGCGGCGCGACAGGAGCAGGAGGAGGUGUCCGGGUCAGAAGAGCUGCACGGCGGCUUGCUUCACCCGCCGAGAUGUCGGUGUCGCCCACGCAGGGUCCGGACACGACCAGCCGGAGGAGGAGGCCGGCCGAGCACAGGCAGGAUUCUUUGUGUGAGAACGAUCCUCAGGCUACAGGUUACAAUCAUGAACAGCUCCAUGAUCAACAGUGUGGCGUUCAACAGCUAAAUGCGACACACUCCUGCUCUCCACCUUCACAUCACUCCUUAUGUCCAGCAGUUAAAUGCAUGUCUGCACACGCAUGUGUGAGUCAUCACGCCUGUGAAGAAAGCUGGGAGGAGAUCCAGAGCAAGAAAACCAUCAGAGCAGAGAAUGAAGUGGAAGCCAACAAACUGGUCAACAACUACCGGUUUGGUUUUAGAAAAUGGAAGAGUCACGUGACAGAGCGGCCAUUUGCAGACCGAUCAGAGGUUGUGAAGGAGCUCUACUCUGAACUGAACGUCAUUAAACCACAUGCAGGUCCAGGUCAACUCUUCACAUGUGGAAACGUCCUUUACGUCUUCCUGUUCGGUUGGUGGGUUUCUCUGGCGUAUUUCUUGGUCGGCAUACUGAUGUUUAUCACUAUUAUCGGUGUACCGUAUUGUAAACUUUGCUGGAAGUUGGGCUGCUACUUCCUGUGGCCAUUUGGCAACUCCAUCCACAAGAUAGGAAACACUUUGAGGAGGUGUUGUGAGCAGGCACCAGACUGUGAGUGCAGCGUAGAGGCCAUGGAGGAUAAUUCACCAGUUCUGCUGCCUUCACCCACUGAGAUGCCAGUUUCAGAGGUGCCAGAGCGACCUCGGCGUACUCCCUACUGGCGUCGUUUCUCCACAUACGUGUGGCUGCUGCUGGGAUAUCCUCUCCUGGUGGUCGUUCACUCUCUGGCCUGCUUCAUCUCCUGGAUCCUGGUCUUCACCAUCCCGGUUUCCAAGAUGAACGCUCAGACUCUGGGCGUCAUUCUCCUCCAGGCUCCCGAGGACGUCUCCAUCUCCAGCAGCUCACAGAGAAAGCAUCAAGGCUACGAGACCCGAGCGCUGCUGUGCUGCUACCACGCUGCAAACUGGUACUACUACAAGUACACUGUUGAUGGCAUCAACGUGUUUGCUGUCAACCUCCUUCCUCUAGUGAUAGUUGCUUUGGUAAUCGGGUAUAUUGACAGAGAAAACCAGUACGCCAGCUCUGAUGUGAAGUUUGCCAUAGCGAUUGGCUCCAUUAUACCGCUGUCAUAUUAUAUUGGUAUGGGAAUCGCCAGCAUCUCAGCCCAGAGUAACUUUGCUGUUGGCGCCGUGGUCAACGCCACCUUUGGCUCCAUCACAGAGUUGACGUUUUACAUCACAGCGCUGCUCAAAGGUCACCGGGAAGCAAACCCGUGUCUGCAGGAGGUUGUUAAGGCAGCGCUGACUGGCACGCUGCUGGGAUGCAUCCUCUUCAUCCCUGGCAUCUGCAUGAUAAUCGGAGGCCUGAAACACAGUGAGCAAAGAUUCAACAGCCGUUGUACAGGAGUGAGCUCUGCAUUGCUUUUCAUCUCUGUAGGAGGUGUGUUUGCUCCAACAUUGUUCUCCAAAGCUUAUGGGAACCUGGUGUGCGACGCCUGCACCAACUCCACUGGAGGAAACGGCACGAGCAACAGCAGCGGACCGUUUGUCUGCCACAACUGCCACUACGACCUGAACAAUGGUACGCUGUUCCACAACCACGUUCAGCCGCUGGUGUACACAGUUUCUGCCCUCUUGCCGGUUGCCUACAUCAUCGGUCUAAUAUUUACUCUGAAGACACACUCCCACAUUUAUGACAUCCACGUUGGAGAAGGACAAGUGACUGGCCACCACGGGACGGUGGUCCACUGGUCACGGUGGCGGUCUCUGGUCAUCCUCAUCAUGGCCACCGUGCUCACGUCUGCUUGUGCCGACCUCGCCACCGAACACGUCCAGCCGAUCCUGAACCAGCCCAACAUCUCUCAGUAUUUCAUAGGGGUGACAGUUCUCGCUAUGGUUCCUGAGAUCCCAGAGAUUGUAAACGGGAUCCAGUUUGCUCUCCAGAACAACAUCAGUCUCAGCUUGGAGGUGGGAGGCUGUAUUGCUGUGCAGGUCUGCAUGCUACAGAUUCCAAUACUGGUCUUAUUCAAUGCCUUCUGGGAUGUGGGAUUUGUGCUGUUGUUCAGCGACCAACACCUGUGGGCCAGCAUCUUCAGCGUCAUCCUAGUCAACUACAUCUUCAUGGAUGGCAAGUCCGACUAUUUCCAGGGCACGGCUCUGGUGGUCGUCUACCUUAUCCUGCUCGCUCUGUAUUACUUUGCUCCAUCUCCAGCCAGCUGUUGAGUGUGGGACUGAUAUUCAGCUAAAAGUUAGACUAGGAUAACAUUUCUUUUACACCGACAAAUCAAAGAUAAGAUGGUUUUACCUUAGCUGACAUGUUUCAGCUGCAACUGCAGUCUUCUUCAGAGCGUCAUCUGACGUGUGCUGACAUGUCCUUUUUAUCAUGUGACCGGUCUGACAGAUCUGUCAGAAUCUGUCAGAUAGGCCACGCCCCCCGCCGUCAGGUGGUCUCUGGAGGAUGGAGUCCCAGGUAUUAGAGGGUGUAGCUCCUCAUCCCGGUUCAUGGAGCAGCUCGCCUGCUUCCUGAUCUCGAUGGCCUCCUUGAGCCAUCGUUUAUGUUUGUUGGUCUCCGAUGUUAAAAUCCUCCCCCUGUCCCAGUCCAUGAUGUGAUUAUUUCUUUUGCAGUGAUCCCUGAUGGCUGAUUUUCUGUUUUCUUGUUCGGCUUUUUUUUUUUUUUUGUUCUUGUGAGUCAUCCAGUUGUUUCCUUUUCGCAUUCUGUCUGGUAUUCUUUUCGUCUUGUGUUGAAUGUUCUGCCUGUUUCUCCAAUGUAUGUUUUCUUGCAAGAUUUGCACGGAAUUUCAUAAAUGAUGUUGAAUUUCUUGUCCGGUUCUGUUUUGUCUUUGGGGUGGACUAAUAGCUGCCAGAGUUUUGUAUGUGGUUUUACUGCUGUGUUGAUGUUGGGUUUUUUCAUUAUGUGCUGUAUGGGUUCUGUUAUCCCACGGAUAUAUGGGAUGGUGAUUAUGUCUUUGUUUUUAUUGUCCGGUUGUUGUGUGCGUUUUGUUUGUGUUCGUCGGCACACGUCAGAUGAUGCUCUGAAGAAGACUGCAGUUGAAACAUGUCAGCUAAAGUAACACCAUCUUAUCUUUGAUUUGUCGGUGUAAAAGAAAUAACGUUAUCCUAGGAUAGCCAACGACAAAAUGAACAUCAUCCAAAUAAAAGUUAGACUUUUCAUAAGCAGGACUCCAAAUGUUCAAAUUCAGUACCUCUCAAUGUUGGCCCUUUCUUGUCUGAGCAGAAAUAAUAACAUGAUGAUGUGGA